ACUUACUCGUGGGAAAACCAAUCGGGUGCACCGGGCAGCGGCAGGUUUCCCCUCCCGGAGAGUUUCCCAGGCCGGGGUCGCCGUGGCGGGGCCCUCAAUGACGGCAGCCGCGUGUUGGCUCGUUGGCUGCGGCGCCGCGGGGCGGGGCUUAGCGGCGCCUGCUGCCUUGCCAUUGGCCGCCGUGGGGCCGCUGCUGCUGCCAGUGGAGCAUCAAUGAAGUGAGGUAUAUGAGGCCGCCAUGAGGGUCCCGUACGCUAGUGUACAACGUUACGUUGGUUGGUGUGUGGCCACGUCAAGCCCUCGCACGGCCACUGCCUCACGCGUCGCCAACCGUCCCUCACGCCGCAGCCCGUGCAGCUCGCAGCCUCCAGGACGCAGCCCUCCCGACGAAACAAGAGUCUAGUGGCCAAAGAGUGAGUGUGCGUGUGUGUGGUCCGUCAGAGGAUACCUGGCUGCCCUGCGUGACCCCAGUGCCACCCCGCCACCGCCGUCAUGAAGUCAGGCACCUCGCGUUCCCCUCGCGGCCCACCGGAGGUGCGGCAGGAGCGGCAGGAGAUCCGUGAGUACCUGGACAAGUUACGGCAGCUGGUGCCGGGCUGCCCCAAGGCGGGCAAGCUGUCCCGGCUGGCGGUGAUCCAGCACGUGAUCGACUACAUCGUGGAGCUGCAGGACACUCUCGUGCACCACCCCGCCAACGCCGCCGCCCUGGCCGUCGAGCAAGACGUGGCGCGCCUCGCACACGUCGACCCGCUGCUCGCCCUCCAGCGGCUCAGCGCCCACAAGUACCCGCACGGUGCUGCUCCGCUGACGCCCGAGGACCACAAGGCCGCCGGACCCGCCCCCGCCGCCAAGACAAGUGCUGACCCCUCCAUGACCGCUGCCACAGUCAGGAAAAACAGCAGUAGCUGCAGGAGGCCGCUAGGCGUGCUGUCCUCCCUCAAAAACCAAAGGCAUUAACGCCCCGCCCUUCCGGGCACUGCCCCAGCACCGCCGCCGCCCGUGAGAGAAGGACAAUGUUGAUGCGGCGAGUUUGAGACAACAGCUGUGUGGCCAGGCCCGUCACGCGGCGCGCACGCCAGACGCCCCAAAGAGAGGUGUGGCCGGUGCCCUCCGCCACGCCGGCCCUGACCCGUCCGACGGCCCGCUGCCCAUAUUGGAAACAAGACCUGGC